AUGGGACAAGGUGUAUCAUCUGGACAAGACAAAAAGAAGAAGAAGGGAUCUAAUCAGAAACCCAAAUAUGAACCUCCCGUUCAAUCAAAAUUUGGUCGUAAAAAAAGAAAAGGAGGACCAGCUACAGCUGAAAAAUUACCCAACAUAUAUCCAAGUACCCGCUGUAAAUUAAAGCUCCUAAGGAUGGAACGAAUCAAAGACCAUUUGUUAUUAGAAGAAGAAUUCGUCUCUAACUCUGAAAUUUUAAAACCUUUUGAGAAAAAGCAGGAGGAGGAAAAGAAACAAUUGGAAGAAAUACGCGGGAAUCCAUUGAGCAUUGGAACUCUUGAAGAAAUUAUAGACGACGAUCAUGCGAUAGUAACAAGCCCAACUAUGCCUGAUUAUUACGUAUCUAUCUUAUCCUUUGUCGAUAAAGAGUUAUUAGAACCUGGAUGUUCUGUGUUAUUGCAUCAUAAAACCAUGUCUAUCGUAGGUGUUUUACAAGAUGACGCUGAUCCAAUGGUUUCGGUCAUGAAAAUGGAUAAGUCACCAACGGAGUCAUAUAGUGAUAUUGGUGGUUUAGAAUCUCAAAUUCAAGAAAUAAAAGAGUCUGUAGAGUUACCGUUAACACACCCCGAAUUGUAUGAAGAAAUGGGUAUCAAACCUCCCAAGGGUGUGAUUCUUUAUGGUGCUCCUGGUACAGGUAAGACAUUGCUAGCAAAGGCUGUUGCAAACCAGACAUCCGCUACAUUCUUAAGGAUUGUCGGCUCAGAGUUGAUUCAGAAAUAUUUGGGAGAUGGUCCCAGGUUAUGUAGGCAAAUUUUCAAAGUGGCAGGUGAGAAUGCACCAAGUAUUGUAUUUAUUGAUGAAAUAGACGCCAUUGGUACCAAGAGGUACGACUCGAAUAGUGGUGGUGAAAGAGAAAUUCAGAGAACCAUGCUGGAACUGUUGAACCAGCUGGACGGGUUCGAUGACAGAGGGGAUGUGAAGGUGAUUAUGGCCACUAACAAAAUCGAGACUCUUGAUCCAGCAUUGAUUAGGCCUGGGAGAAUUGAUCGUAAGAUCUUAUUUGAGAACCCUGAUCUAAGUACUAAGAAGAAAAUUUUAGGAAUUCACACUUCUAAGAUGAAUUUAAGUGAGGACGUUAAUCUUGAAACUUUAGUAACAACAAAGGAUGAUUUGUCAGGCGCUGAUAUUCAGGCAAUGUGUACGGAAGCAGGUUUAUUAGCCCUUAGAGAAAGAAGAAUGCAAGUUACAGCAGAGGAUUUCAAGCAAGCUAAGGAGAGAGUCAUGAAAAAUAAAGUUGAGGAAAAUCUAGAAGGUUUAUACUUGUGA